AUGGCCAAGGGGUUGCUGAAGAGUUCCGUGAGAGAGGGCGCCUACCCCAACACACCACUAGGAGACACCAAAAAGCAAUUACUUUAUUCAUAUAAGUUAAUAAAGGUGAUUUCUGGUUUAAUUCAGAUCUACUUGGAAAGUUUCCCAGCUGGAAGGCGUGCAUUGCAGCAAAAAUGCAGAGAAUUAGAGGAAAGACAUGCUUCAAAGUUAAAGAAGAAGAUUUCUCCAGUAAAAACAGCCAAAUUAGUGGAUAGUAACCUGCCACCUCACAUUGUAGCUAAACGCUUGUCAAAGAUAGCUUCUCCAUCUAAAGUCAAACCAAAUGUUUCAGUCGCUGUGAAAUCUUCCUCGCCAUCUUCUGACAUUGAAGAUGCUGAACUGCUUGAAAUCGGUAAUACAAUAGAGUCAACACUGGAUCCCGAACAGUCAACAUCCGAAAAUAACCAGAAGUGUACCCAGCCGUUGUCAUCUCCUCUUAAAGAACCGGUAACUAUAAAGACGUUGUCUCAGCUGAGGUCAAUUUUUUCAGUGCAGCCAGAAAAUCCCAAGCCUGAUGGUUGGCGUGACACAUUGGCAUUAGCAGACCAUGCCUGGAUUUCCAAGGCGCUAUUUAGGUACCCGGCUAAGAGUAUGGCGGAGAAGAAGAUUGAGCUAAAGACGGACAAUCUUCAACUUUGGAUGUAUCCACCUCAGCCGUCUCUCACAUACACACAGAAACCUCGAGUGGAUAGGUACUUCAGUACCCGUCUGUUAGUCUGGAUGCCGAAAAGACUGUGGAAGGUACAGCUGGUUUGUCUUAAUACCGACUGCCGUAGAAGACAGCUUACGCAUGCAGGUCUCUACCCAAGAGUAGGACAAGUUCUAGAUAUCUGUGACUAUUACAUACUUGCUACAGAAUAUCUAGAGUGUCUUACUUGCGGAAAGAAAUAUAUUGGGUGGAGCCAGACUAUCCUAAGCCAGCUUGAUAUUGGUCAUCGCUACCAUCAAGUCUGAAAAACGAC